ACAAGUGACAUUGUGACAUAAACAUUUUGUUAUGAUUUUAUUAGGUUAAUUUGCAGAGAAUAGUUUAAAAAGUUUUUAUUUUUGAUCAGAAAAAACGCAUAUUUUAUAAUAAACAAUUCCGAAAAACGUGUUUUAAAGUAAAAAAUGUCUAAACCCACUGGAUACGACUCCCACAGUGAAGGCCCAGGUUUUGUUGGUAUCCGAUUUUGCCAGGAAUGUAAUAACAUGUUGUACCCAAAAGAAGACAAAGAAAACAAGAUAUUACUGUACGCUUGCAGAAAUUGUGACUACAAACAACAUGCCGAUUCUAAAUGUAUCUAUGUUAACAAAAUUAUGCACGAAAUCGAUGAGUUAACUCAUAUAGUAUCAGAUGUAAUAUCAGAUCCAACAUUACCAAGGACUGAAGAUCAUCAUUGUCCUAAUUGCCAGCACAGAGAAGCGGUAUUUUUCCAAGCUCAAACAAGAAGAGCUGAAGAAGAAAUGAGAUUGUAUUAUGUAUGUACCAAUCCGCAUUGUGCUCACCGAUGGACAGAGUGAUAUCCUUUUAUUUUAAAUGAAUUUAUCUAUAUAUUAUGAAAUAAUUAAAAUAAAUUAGGACAGUUGCAUUUGAUUUAAGUUUUAAGUAUUUUGUUUCUUAAUAUGUAUUAAAUCAUGACUUUAAUAUUAUUUAGGUAUACAUAUUUUAAACACUAAGAAUCAUUGUAUAAUGAAUAAAGUUUUAUAAUGAAUUGUAAUUGGUACAACAAAACAAAUAAUUUUCUG